AUGAACCUGGAUAAUCAGAUCAUCGAGAAACAUCGUGUUAUCGAAGAUAGCAGUCACUCAGCAUUCCACCCUUCAUCGCUAUCCGCAAUGACAAGAAAACCUCAGUUUCACAACGACAAAAGCAUUUUGGACGAAAAUUCAAUGAAUGAAGGCGACUCAUCUUGCAGUGAACAAGCACGAGAAAGCGAAGUCAGAGAUCUCGCCAGAGAACUCACUACCAGAUCUAGCUAUUCGCAAAUCGAUGUAGAGAAUGUCUUUACACCCAAGCCAAAUUCGCAUCUGGACCCGUCAUCCUCAAAUUUCAAUGCUCGAGCAUGGACUAAAGCCCUACUGUCUCUCCAAAACCGUGACCAGGAGAAAUACCCUCAAAGAACAUCUGGGCUUGCGUUCAGCGACUUAAAUGUCCAUGGCUAUGGCAAUCCAACGGAUUAUCAAAAGAGUGUUGGUAAUGUCUGGUUGGAGCUUCCUCGUCUUAUUGGUAGUGUAUAUCGGAACAACUCUCAGCGCAAGAUUGAGAUACUGAGGGGGUUCGAAGGAUUAGUUGAGGCUGGAGAGAUGUUAGUGGUGCUUGGUCCUCCGGGUUCUGGUUGCUCCACACUGCUUAAGACAAUAGCAGGUGAAACUAAUGGUGUUUAUGUGAACGAGAGUUCAUACCUGAACUAUCAAGGUAUAAGCGCAGACCAGAUGAAAAAAAGCUUUCGAGGGGAAGCGAUAUACACCGCAGAAGUUGAUGUACAUUUCCCGAUGCUAAGCGUAGGCGAUACACUUGCUUUCGCAGCUAGAGCCAGAGCUCCAAAACAUAUUCCUGGCGGCGUGGACGCAUGGACAUAUUCUAGGCAUAUGAGAGAUGUGGUUAUAGCCAUGUUUGGUAUAAGCCACACCGUCAACACUCGAGUUGGUAAUGAUUUCAUUCGCGGCGUUUCGGGUGGUGAGCGGAAACGUGUGAGUAUUGCUGAAGCUACUCUGAGCGGCGCCCCACUUCAAUGUUGGGAUAAUAGCACGCGUGGUCUUGAUUCUGCAAACGCGAUUGAAUUUUGCAAAACACUCCGCAUGUCUGCCGAUUUGGCGGGGACCACAUCUUGCGUCGCCAUAUACCAAGCACCACAAACCGCGUACGACUUUUUCGACAAGGUCAUUCUUCUCUACGAAGGACAUCAAAUAUACUUUGGGCAUACGGUCGAUGCCAAGCGCUACUUCGAGGAUAAGGGAUUUAUUUGUCCUGACAGGCAGACUGAUGGCGACUUCCUGACGUCUAUGACUAGCCCAGACGAACGAAUUAUCAGGCCCGGAUGGGAAAGUCGUGUGCCAAAGACGGCUUUAGAGUUUGCUGAAGUGUGGAAAGCGAGUGAUGAGAGGAAACUUCUUCUGGCGCAAAUUGAUGUUUAUAAAGAAAACUUUACCAUCGGUGGAGAACACUUGGAACAGUUCAAGAAAUCCAGGGAAGCGCAGCAGUCCAAAAGACAGCGCAUUGAAUCGCCAUACACUUUGGACUACCGUCAACAAAUAAUGUUGUGUCUGUGGCGAGGCUGGAAACGACUCAAGGGUGACCCAAGUCUGACAUAUGUCCAGUUGGGCGGCAACUUUGUCAUGGGUGUUGUUAUCGGUACUGUAUUCUACAAUCUUCCGGAAAAGACGUCGUCGUUUUUCAACAGAGGAUCCCUCCUUUUUUUCGCCGUACUUAUCAAUGCAUUCGCGUCGGCCCUUGAGAUUCUUACACUCUACGCACAGCGAGGUAUCGUGGAAAAGCACUCUAGAUACGCACUAUAUCACCCCUCGGCAGAGGCCAUCGCGUCAAUGCUCACCGAUAUGCCUUACAAGACCCUGAAUGCUAUCACUUCUAAUAUUCCGCUAUACUUCUUAACAAACUUACGCCGAGAACCAGGUGCAUUUUUCUUCUUCAUCCUCACGUCUUUCUCUAUCACCUUGACAAUGUCGAUGCUGUUCCGAACCAUUGGCUCAACAUCGAGAAGCAUGGCACAGGCGAUGGCUCCCACAGCAAUCAUCCUCCUCGCAAUCAUGAUAUAUACAGGGUUUGUUGUACCUUUGGAUUACAUACUCGGUUGGUCGAAAUGGAUAUUUUACAUUAAUCCGCUUGCAUAUGGGUUUGAGAGUAUCAUGUUGAACGAGUUUUGGGGUAGGAGCUUUGAUUGCUCGCAGUAUUUUCCGACGGGCGGCAGCUACGACAACGUUUCUGGCUUGGGCAGAGUGUGUUCAGCCGUUGGCUCAAAUCCUGGUUUGGAUUUUGUUCUCGGGUCGACCUAUUUGAAAACAGCAUAUAAGUACGAUAUUUCGCACAAGUGGAGGAAUAUUGGAAUUAUCCUUGCAUUCGGUAUCUUUUUGUGCGCCGCUCAUAUUUUGACCACAGAAUUCAUCACUGAGAAAAAGUCUAAGGGAGAAGUUUUAGUGUUUCAACGAGAAGCGUUUUCAAAGGGUCUUGCAAAAGAAGGUUUGGAUCCCGAGAUUGCCCACGAUGGCUCCUCAGUCGUCAGAAAAGAACGUACGAGAGGAUUACCAGUCAUGGCAAGACAAACAGCUAUUUUUCACUGGGAGAAUGUGUGCUACGAUGUCAAGAUCAAGGACGAAACCCGCCGGAUUUUGGAUCAUGUAGAUGGGUGGGUGAAGCCUGGGACACUUACGGCUCUUAUGGGUGUUUCCGGAGCUGGCAAAACUACAUUGCUCGAUGUACUGGCAACCAGAGUCACGAUGGGGGUUAUAUCCGGCGGGAUGUUUGUAGAUGGCCAACAACGCAACAACUCAUUCCAGCGAAAGACAGGAUACGUCCAACAACAAGACCUUCAUCUGGAAACCACCACAGUUAGAGAAGCUUUGAUAUUUAGCGCCCUGCUUCGCCAACCGAGAAACGUUUCCAAAGAGGACAAAAUUCGUUAUGUCGAAGAAGUAAUAGCAAUGCUAGAGAUGGAACCAUAUGCUGACGCAGUGGUUGGCGUUCCCGGGGAAGGCCUAAAUGUCGAACAGCGAAAACGCCUUACUAUUGGGGUAGAGCUCGCAGCUAAACCUCAAUUACUCCUAUUUCUUGAUGAGCCGACCUCUGGACUUGACAGCCAAACUUCGUGGAUUAUUUGCGACUUGAUGGAGAAGCUCACCAAAAGUGGACAGGCAAUUCUAUGUACAAUCCAUCAGCCAUCAUCAAUGUUGUUCCAACGAUUCGAUCGACUCCUUUUCCUGGCCAAAGGUGGAAAGACAGUCUACUACGGCGAAAUUGGAGAAAACUCACGGAUACUGACCGAGUACUUUCAUCGAAAUGGCGCUCCGGCUUGUCCUCCGGACGCUAAUCCAGCCGAAUGGAUGCUUGAGAUAAUCGGUGCAGCUCCUGGAUCCAGAACCGAGAUCGAUUGGCCGAGCGUUUGGAGAAGAAGUCCAGAAUACGCAGCGACGAAAGCUGAAUUAAGAAGAUUGAAACGAGAAUCGCCUUCGUCCAGCCAUGUGACAAUCGAUGAGGACUUCAGUAGCUACCUCGAAUUUGCUGCACCAUUCCGGGUCCAGUUCUUGGAGGUCACUAAGAGAGUCUUCCAGCAAUACUGGCGAAAUCCUACUUACAUCUACUCUAAAGCUCUUCUAUGCGUUGGUUCGUCCUUGCUCAUCGGUUUCUCGUUCUUUCGGGCCACGAAUUCUAUCCAAGGUCUCCAGAAUCAAAUGUUCGCUUUGUUCCUACUUCUCACCAUUUUCGGUCAGCUAGUCGAACAAAUGAUGCCGCAUUUCGUGAUCCAGCGAUCUUUGUACGAAGUGCGAGAAAGACCAUCUAAAGCAUACUCGUGGCAAGCUUUCAUGCUCUCAAACAUUCUGGUCGAGAUACCUUGGGGCUUUGUGAUGGCGAUACUCAUGUUUGUCACAUGGUACUAUCCAGUCGGUCUCUAUCGUAACGCUAUACCAACGGACGAAGUUCAUAUCCGGGGGUUCAUGAUGUUUCUCUUCAUCUGGACAUUCUUGAUAUUCACUUCAACAUUCUGCAUUCUGUUCAUCGCGGGCAUACCGGAGGCUGAAACCGCGGCUAAUCUGGCAAACCUCGCCUUCAUGCUUUGUCUCAUCUUCUGCGGUGUGCUUGUUACAAAAGACGCCUUGCCACGAUUUUGGAUCUUCAUGUACCGGGUUUCACCAUUUACAUAUAUCAUCUCGAUGAUGCUUUCUGUCGCCGUUGCGAACACGGAAGUUGUCUGCGCAGCUAAUGAACUGCUUACUGUUCAACCUCCAACGGGCUCGACUUGUGCAGAAUACCUAGCCGACUAUGUCUCCGUCGCCGGUGGCUACUUGAUUGAUGGAAAUGCUACAACCGAUUGUAGAUUCUGUCGUGUGGCGAGCACGAAUGUGUUUCUCGAUGUGGUCUCUGCGCCUUACUCAGAGGCUUGGAGGAACUUUGGUCUUCUUUUCGUAUACAUUGCUUUUAAUGUUGUUGGUGCGUUGGUGAUUUAUUGGUUGGUGCGAGUACCAAAGAAGAUCCAUUCCGAGAAAGAAAAGAAAGAACACGAGAAAGAGAAAGUGUGA